AUGAUUAAUAAGACAUUAGUCAAGGAAUUCCUUCUUCUGGGAUUUCAAGUAGAUCAUCAAUCUAAAGCUGUACUCUUUAUCCUGUUUCUUAUAUUAUAUCUACUAACCAUUCUUGGAAAUCUGCUUAUCAUUGUUUUGGUGUACACCUAUAGAAAACUCCAAUCACCUAUGUACAUUUUCUUGUCUAAUCUAUCUUUGGUUGACAUAUUAUUUAGUACAAAUAUUGUCCCUAACAUGCUUGUGAUUACACUCAAAGAGAGACCAGCAAUCUGUGUCAAUGAGUGUAUUGCCCAGUUCUUCUUCUAUGGAAUGCUAGGUGGCACAGAAUGUUUCCUUCUCACGGUGAUGUCCUAUGAUCGAUAUCUCGCCAUCUGUAACCCUUUGAAAUACACAUACAUUAUGGACUUUAAGCUCCAACAUUUUCUACUUGCUGUAUCAUGGGUGACAAGUGCCACUGUAACUCUUUUGCCAUCUAUUCUUUUGCACCAGUUAUAUUUCUGUGGACCCUCUGUUAUAGACCACUUCUUCUGUGAUCUUGAUCCCAUUUUGAAUCUUUCUUGCUCAGAUACAGGGAUUGUUAAAACAGAAACCCUUAUAUCUACAAUAUUUGUUGUGAUCAUCCCAUUUCUAGUGGUAAUUUCUUCUUAUGCCCGUAUUCUCAUUACCAUCCUUGGGAUUUCUUCAACUGAAAGCCGUCAGAAGACAUUCUCCACCUGUAGUACUCAUCUGCUUGUUGUGUGCACAUAUUUCUUGACUAUAAUAACUGUUUACAGUAAUCCAUCAAAAACAUAUUCCUCAAACGCCCAAAAAGUACGAUCAUUGCUAUAUACAGUGUUGACCCCACUGUUUAAUCCAGUUAUAUAUGCUCUAAGGAAUAACGAGAUCAAAACUGCACUUCACAAACUGUUGACUCAAUUCAAUUCAAAUAUGUAUUGUCACAACAAAACACCAAAUAAAAUGAAGUGA